AUGGAAGAAAAGAUCAAAGACGCUCCUCCUCACUACGAGCAUGUGGUGGAUACCAAGAAAGAGCUGGAUGAGGCAGCCAACCCUGAUGCGCCUGUGCGCCGCCAGGCCAUCGGCAUCAACAUCGUUCAGAACCCGUUGCAGCGCAGCUCCAAGGCGCAAGCUAUCAUCGAUGCCCGAGCGUACGCCGAGUCGCAUGGUUUGGCAGAGCAUGCCGAUCUAUUUGGCCGAGCUGCUGUGGUUGCGCGGGACCCCAAAGGUUUUGAGACGGCCACUGAGCUUGAUGACGAGGAGCGCACUGCGCUCGCAUACGAGAGGGAUCAUAAAUGGCACGGCCCGAAGAUGCUCUGGUACUCAAUUGGCCUGUGCGCUAUUGGAGCUGCCACACAAGGAUGGGAUCAGACUGGAUCCAACGGUGCCAACUUGUCCUUCCCUAAGGAAUUUGGUAUUGAUGGUAAAGGAAGAGAUGAGUGGAUCGUGGGAAUUGUCAACUCCAUCAUCUUCUUGACCGCUGGUCUUAUUGGUGCUUUCAUUGUCGAUCCACUUAACCAUUAUUUAGGCCGAAGAGGUGAGAUUUUUGUCACUGCUCUUUGUCUCACUGCCACUCCAAUUGGUUCUGGUUUUGCAAAGUCAUGGCAAGGACUGUUCGCUGCGCGAUUUAUAAUGGGUAUCGGCAUCGGCGCAAAGAACGCUACGGUGCCCAUUUACUCGGCUGAGAUGGCUCCGGCCGCAAUUCGAGGUGCUCUUGUCAUGUUCUGGCAACUUUGGGUAGUAGCAGGUAUCUUCCUGGGCUUUGCUGCCAAUGUCAUUGUCAAAGACGUCCCAAAUAUUUCUUGGCGUCUCCAACUCGGUUCUGCGUUUAUUCCGUCUUUCUUCCUCGCCGCUGGAAUCUUUUUCUGUCCGGAGUCUCCUCGCUGGCUUAUGAAGCAUAACCGGCACGCCGAGGCAUACGAGUCGAUGAGGCGCUUGCGAGCUCAUCCAAUCAUUGCUGCGAGAGACUAUUAUUAUUCAUACGUUAUCUAUGAAGAGGAGCUUAAAGAGGCUCGGGGUGCAGGUUACUUCGCCCGCUUGUGGGACUGCUUUGCCGUUCCUAGAAUCAGACGGGCUAACUAUGGUGCCUCGACUGUCAUGAUUGCGCAGCAAAUGUGUGGUAUCAACAUCAUUUCUUUCUACAGCUCUACCAUCUUCCUAGAAGCCAACUUUACACAAGACCAGGCCUUGUAUGCCUCUCUUGGCUAUGGUGCUAUCCAGGUCGUGGCCACCAUUCCUACGUUGUUCCUUAUCGAUACCAAAGGCCGAAGAACACUUACUUUGAUUACCUUCCCCUUGAUGUGUAUCUUCCUGCUAGCAGCCGGUCUCUCUCUUUUGAACAAGUCAGGCGGCCAAGCCGGGACUAUUGCACCAGUUGCCUUGUUUGUGUAUCUGUUUACCAUUGCCUACUCGUUAGGUGAAGGACCCGUCGCUUUCCAGUAUUCUGCUGAGGUAUUCCCCACUAUUCAGCGUGAACAAGGAAUGGCCUGGGCUGUUUGCAUUAACAACACCUUUGCUGGCGUCCUUGGCCUCACGUUCCCCCGAAUGAUGACUGUGAUGACCAAAACUGGUGCUUUUGGCUUCUAUGCUGGUCUUAACCUCGUAGCUUGGUUUAUGAUUUUCUGCUUUGUCAGGGAGACCAAGCAGCUAACCCUAGAAGAAUUGGAUCAGGUUUUCGCGGUGCCAACCAAGAAGUUCAUUCACUACGAACUGACUGUGUGGCUUCCUUGGUGGUUCAAGAGAUAUAUCCUGAGACAGAAGAUCGAGAGGCCACCACCUAUUAUUGCAAUGGGCGAUGGGGUCCGAUAA